CUCGCCGUAGUUUGUGCAGUGUCCCGGAUGUGGAGUGGAGGGUAGUUUGAAAGAAGAAAGAAGCUGAAAGUUUUGCGGGAAUUUGCGGCAACAUUGGAGUUAGACUUCUACAGCUAUGUAACUUACGAACGUUCUGCUUAUUAUUCUCCGUGCUGGUAAGAAGGUUGUUUGAAAGCUGACGCCACAUUCGCAGGGUGAUUGACCUGGAGAUUUCACGUUAACUUACAAGCGGAACUGAUGGAGUAGAACACUGGGGAUCGAGCCCAAGGAUGAAGCGUUCUGCACGUGUGCAGGAGCUGCUGGGCAGCCUACGUCCAGGCCAGCGCCCCCUGGAGGGGAAGUCCGUCUACAUGCACACAGUGAAGAGCCGCCAUGCCAGCAUCCUGACGGAUGUGAUCACACGCCUUGGAGGGACUGUUGAGGCGUUCUUGAACAAAGAUGUGAGUUUUGUGGUGACUGGGCAGAAGACUCUGCCUCCUGUGACAUCAAAGACUCCGCCUCCUGUGACAUCAAAAACCCCGCCUCCUGUGACAUCAAAAACCCCGCCUCCUGUGACAUCGAUGGGUGGAACAAAACCAACAACCAAGGAGGAUAGAAGCAGACAUCCUGCCAGCCCAGUGGCGCUGUUGUGUGGAAGCAGAGGAAGAGCCCUACUGGAGAAAGCCAUGCACAGCAAUGAGCGUUCCCGCAACAGUGACGUCCUGUCCAGCGCUCGUUCCUGGGGAGUGAAGAUCCUCCUCGUCGAUGAUUUCAUGUGGUGUCUGGACUUGCUGACUGAGCGAAACAAACAGAAAAAACUACCUCAGACCAAAGCAUCUGAUGUGCCUGCCAGACGUGUGGUCAAAUCUGGAGCGUUGAAGACUCCGUUCAUCAAAGUGGAGGACCGCAGCAGGAGGUACAGGCCUCUGUAUGGCCAGUCUCUGAGUUUGCCAGAGCUGAACUACAGGAGUCGCUUCAGCCCCUUUGAACUGCCUACUGGCCCCUCCCACAAACCCAAACGCACCAAUCAGCAAGGGCCACCAGAAAACGGCAGUGCAGAGCAUGCCGCCACUCCAUGCCUGAAGCCCCGUAGAAAGAAUCCUGGAUACUGUGAGUGCUGCCAGCAGGCCUUCACCGACCAGGAGCAGCAUGUGACGUGUGAGCAGCAUCUGCGUCAUGUGACGUGUGAGCAGCAUCUGCGAUUUGCUGCGGACUCUGCUAACUACGUUGUUCUGGACAAGCUGAUUGGCUCCCUGGAGUGUCCGUUCUUCCUUAGCCCCGCCCUCUCCCAGGACCCCCAGCCGUAA